AUGCCUCGGAAGACCAAGCGAGCCGUCUCCGCAGCACAAGGCCCACCCCUGGAGCAGGAGGAGACGCUUCUUGACGACGGCAUCGAGGUCGACGACUCGGAGGACGACAACUUGGAGGACGAAGACUUCUUCAUGGUCACAGACAACAUCAACGUCGACGAGGGUCCACGUGAAGAAGCGCAAGCGAGCCGCGUACGUCGGCACCAGAUGCUUCCUGUGUUCGAGGCCCUGCGCCCGGAUUGCGUCGGCGUCUUUCUGUUCGACAACAGCACCAACCAUGGUGCUUUUGCUGCCGACGCGCUCAAUACGUCAAACAUGAACCUCAACCCCGGCGGCAAGCAACCCAAGCUGCGCGACGGCUGGUACGAGAAGGAUGGCGUGCGUGUCACGCAGUCGCUGGUCAAAGCUCCCGACGAAACGCCCAAGGGUAUCAGGAUCGUACUCCAGGAGCGGGGGCUUUGGAGCGCCAGCCUCAGACUCGACACGGCCAAGGACCUCCUCGGAUCCCAGCCCGACUUCACGUCCCAGAAGGGCUGCGUUGAAGAAACCAUUGAGGCUGCUGGGCACGUCGCUCUCUUUCUGCCCAAGUUUCACUGCGAGUUCAAUGUCAUCGAGAUGUACUGGGUGCCCUCAAGUACUACUGCCGAGAGCACUGCGAUUACUCGUUCGCAAAGCUUCUCCCGACGAUCGAAGCUGCCAUGGAGCACGACAAGUUAG